CUGUCAGGAGACACUCUGUACUUAGAGGCAGAGUGAAAGGGGCUGGGGGUGGAGGCUUAGCCCCUCUGUGCUGAGGACAUGGAGUCCCACCCCAGGGCCAGGCUGAGUUGGGCAGUGUGCUGCCAUCCUGGUGAAUAUUUAGUGGUGUGUCCCUUUUGCUUGCUCCUGCCUAUGCAAACAGCCACCUGGGGAGGAAAGGCAGACCAGACAGUGUGCUCACAGCAGCAGGGGACAGGGUGGAGAGAAGCAAGCCAAGCCUCACUGAUUCUGGCCGAGGGAGCCCCUGCUCAGCCACAACCAUGGACAGCUGGAUGUGGGGUGUCUGUGUCCUCUGCUUGUGGAGCCCACCAGGAGCCGACCUGGCUGUACCCUUUGGGGCCCAUGAAGACCCUGUGGGGCCUGAGACAGUGCCUCGCAAUGGGGAGGUGCAGGGACAUGUGCACCCAGAAUGUGACCUCCUCACCCGGCUUCGAGAGGACGAGAGUUCAUGUCUGCAGGCGGCAGAGGGGCUGCCCAACACCUCCCUAAGCUGCCCUAGGACCUGGGAUGGGCUGCUGUGCUGGCCAGCGACAGCCUCUGGAGAGUGGGUCACCCUGCCCUGCCCAGAUUUCUUCUCUCAUUUCAGCUCAGAGCCAGGGGCUGUGAAGCGGGAUUGUACCAUCACAGGGUGGUCAGAUCCCUUCCCACCUUACCCCGAGGCCUGCCCUGUGCCCUUGGAGUUGCUGGCUGAGGAGAAAUCUUACUUCUCCACUGUGAAGAUCAUCUACACCAUGGGCCAUAGCAUCUCUGUUGUAGCCCUCUUUGUGGCCAUUGCCAUCCUGGUUGCUCUCAGGAGGCUCCACUGUCCUCGGAACUAUAUCCAUACCCAGCUGUUCGCCACCUUCAUCCUCAAGGCAGGAGCCGUGUUCCUGAAGGACGCUACCCUCUUCCACAACGACACAGAGCACUGCAGCUUCUCCACCGUCCUGUGCAAGGUCUCUGUGGCUGCCUCCCAUUUUGCCACCAUGACCAACUUCAGCUGGCUGCUGGCAGAAGCUGUCUACCUGAGCUGCCUCCUGGCCUCCACAUCUCCCAGCUCCAGGACAGCCUUCUGGUGGCUGGUUCUUGCUGGCUGGGGGCUCCCCGUGCUAUGCACAGGCACCUGGGUGGGCUGCAAGCUGGCCUUCGAGGAUGUCGCGUGCUGGGACCUAGACGACAGCUCCCCCUACUGGUGGAUCAUCAAAGGGCCCAUCGUCCUCUCUGUUGGGGUGAACUUUGGUCUUUUUCUCAAUAUCAUCCGUAUCCUGCUGAGGAAACUGGAGCCCGCACAAGGCAGCCAGCACCCGCACUCUCAGUACUGGCGUCUGUCGAAGUCAACGCUUCUCCUUAUCCCACUGUUUGGAAUUCACUACAUUAUCUUUAACUUUCUGCCUGAUGACGCUGGCCUGGGCAUUCGGCUCCCCCUGGAGCUGGGGCUGGGAUCUUUCCAGAGUUUUUCCUGUGGUCCCACAGGGCUUCAUCGUUGCCAUCCUCUACUGCUUCCUCAACCAAGAGGUGAGGACUGAGAUCUCACGCAAGUGGCACAGCCGUGACCCUGAACUUCUGCCAGCACGAAGGACCUGUACGAAGUGGACUGUACCUUCUCAUGUAGGGACCAAGGUGAUGACAUCCGUGUCCUAGGCCACUCCACACAACUGGAGCUUGCACCUGGGCUUGGAAAGCUGCAUGGUGCCCACCGCCGUCUGGAGAAGAGAGUCUAGGAGCCCUCACACCAUGCUGCUACCCAGCUCUGGGCAGGGGCGGUGCUGCCACCCUGACUUUGCAGCUGGCUUAUGUCUGCGUAUGCCAUCUUCUGACUCCCUUGGUUACUCUGUGUCUCUUACUGAGGUCCUCUUCUUUGGGUCCAGGGCUAUAGCCCAAUGCCUGGAGGAGUCAAUAAACUUGUACAUGAAUGACACGUUUGAGUGAGUGAAUGCUCUUCUGAAGGGAUGGAUCUGCAUUUUUUGUUUGGACUUCCAGUUGAUAGAGUUGCAUCUAUCACCUUGGUUCAUGCUGUAUUAUCAUCACUAGUCUCUGUCAGGACCCUCAUGCUCAUUUAUUUUUAAAAUGUAUUUUCUUUGGUCCCCACCUCCACUCCCAUUCCCCUCCUCCCACAGGCACACAAGCCAAUGGGUUUAAUGUGAAUCCUUGUGUUUUUUGCCUUUGAUAAAAGCGAAGUGUUUCAUA